GAGAAGAAGAAGAAGAAGAAGAAGAAAGAAGAGCAAAAAGAGAAGCACAGUGAAAUGAUGCCGAUGAGAUGACUGACGAAUUGCCCCAAUGAACCGCGCGCGCGAUUCCGCCGCCGCGCCGGCGAGUUCCACUGCCAACCUCGUCGCGCUUCGCCGUUGGCUCAUCGCCCUGUGCACGAUCCGCUUCGACCUUGAACGCGGGCAGAUCAUUGAGGACUCCUUCCCCUCCGAUGCCCUCUCUGCUGAUGCUCAGCUCCACAUCGCCUUCUCAUCCUUCCCUGAUUCCAUGUCUCAGCACCAUCAUCCCCCCGCUCCUCGCCGUUCCUCCAUCCACGACUCCAUCUUCUCCUUCCGGCUCCCCUCCUCCUCUUCUCCCUCCUCCUUUUUGUAUGGUUUCGUCUUCAACCGCCGGCGCCAGGACGAUCGCCUUCCUCGCGGUGGUGACCAGCGCUCUGUCGUCAUCGUCUCCCACUCCCCUUUCUCCUCUGUGUUCCGUCCUGUCCUCCAGAUCCUGGCUCCUCUCUAUUUCGAUAUCGGCGCCACUGCCCUCUCCCUCGUCGCCUCCCACGUCUCUUCCUGGCCUGCGCCUCUUCUCGGUCGCCCCAUGGAGCUCCCAAUUGGAAACGCCGCGCUUAAGGUACUCCUCCCUCCUUCUCCUGAUGACCCUUCUCCCUCUCAUGGCCUUUUCCACGACUCCGACCUCUUUGCCUCUUUCCGUGGUCUCCUACUCAAUCUAUGGAUGUUAUGGGAGCUCCUCAUUAUUGGGGAACCCAUCCUCCUCGUCGCCCCCUCCCCUCCCCAGUGCUCCGAGGCCGUGGCGGCGCUUGUCAGCCUUGUCUCCCCUUUGCUUUAUAGCGUCGACUUCCGCCCUUAUUUCACCAUCCAUGAUCCUGAUUUCGCCAGGCUGAAUGCUCUCCCUGAAGGAGCGGAGUUCCCCCCAAUGCUUCUCGGUGUCACCAAUCUCUUCUUCUUGAAAGCUCUUAAGAACAUUCCUCAUGUCAUUUCUGUGGGGAUCCCCAGCCCUGGUCCGGCCAAGGUCGUCCCUUCACCUCCCCGAUCCGCCUCUACUGGCAAUGUGAGGAGCUCCGGGCCUGGAAGGCUGAACCUUGAGCAACUAAACAAGUUCUCUCCUUUGAGCUUGUUGAAUGCUAUGAAGCUGAGAAGAGAGGGGCCUCUUUGUCUCAUGAAUGAGCACAAAGAAGCUGUUUGGAGCUCCUAUGCAGCCACCACGAAGCCUGACACUGCUGUUCUGAAUAGGCUUGUUGAUGCAGGGAUGACUCCUAGGGUUGAGGAGUCAAUGUCAGUGGUUAACAAUGAGAUUCUGAGACGGCAUUUUAUGGAGCUCACUUCGAACUUUCUCGCUCCCUUUGGUCCCUACUUGCGGCCUACCACCCCUUCGGAGGGGAGUUCGCCUUUUGUGAAUCCUCCUCCAUUGCCUCCAUUUGAUGCAGAGGAAUUCCUGCGUGGCUUGGCAGCAAGGGGUCCUGGGAAGUUCUUGUCCAAAAGAAUGAGGUCUAACUGGUUGGACUUGUACAGGCGCUUUUUGAAAGGAAAAAAUUUCAUGCCUUGGUUUCAAAGAAGGCGUGCUGCGGCUGAACAAGAGCAGCAGAGACUAUGGAGGCAGGCUAGGAUGAACACUGAGAUACAAAAGCUCAUAUCUAAAAUGUCUGAAUUGGAGAUUGUCGAUUCUUUCAAUGCCAUUGAGAGGCAUUUGCUUGUAGAGAUACAGUUGCAUCAAUCCGGAAAUGGCGGAGUAGACUCCGCCAAAGCCUGCCAAAAGCUGAAAGGCGAUCUUCAGGCAGUCUUCAAUGUUCUCCCUAAGGACACGCAACAGCUAUUGCUUGUAAACCCUAAACGAGCAUCUCUUUUCCAAAGUAACCCUGAGCUAAGAAAGCAUCCCGGUCAUCCUUCAGAAUCAACAUUGUCCAUUCUACCUCUGUAAACAAGCUGAAACCUCAUUCUUUCCCGAGUACAUUGUUGCACCAAUGGACAACAGUGGAUGGAGUUUUUCUCAUGUCAACGCCGAAGAUAACCAAGUAUUAAUUGCCUCGGCAGGCACAAGGGUGAUUGAGAAAAAGGUAAACUCAAUCAGCUUUAUCUACGAAUGCAUCAUUUCUCAAUUUGUAGUGAUGUUUCGUGUACCAAUAGUGAUUUUCCGAAUUGUUUCUCCUCAGAUCUAAUAUUUACGCAAUUCGUUUUAGUUUGUUUUUCAUGCAAUUACUGCUCGAAAAUCACAAUUGAGUGAAAUGUCAACCCUGGUCUAUAGUAACUGAUAGCAACUUUUGCAUUUAGUUUAUAAGACUGUAAGCUUCAUUUAUUGCCGGAGUGCCAAGCAUGUUAAUUUGUUCGGCAAAACAGAUGUUUUGCUCACACUGUCACACUAAUUCGACUCUUUUCUUUCAUUUGUUCCGAUA